AUGUCAAGUCUUCUUCCAUCGUCGUCUCAAAUCAAUGCAAAUUUAAAUACCGGUAAUAAUACCUUACAACGAUCAGCGGUUAACAAUGCUGCAGCCGAUGCACUGCGAAAAAAAAUGCAACAAUUACGAGAUGAACUCGAACUGGUUAAAGAUGAUCUAGAACGUUCACGAAAAGAUUACGAGAAAGAACAACGCGCUCGAGAAGUUGCCGAAGCAGACGUAAGUCAAUUGACACGAAAACUGCAUUCACUGGAAGAACAACUUGAACGAACAGAGGAACGAUUGGUUCAAACUACAAAUAAACUGGAUGAAGCAUCGCAUACUGCUGAUGAGCGAGAACGAACAAGAAAAAUGUUGGAAAAUCAAUUAAAUCUUGGUAGUGAUCGUUCUGAAAUGUUAGAGAUUCAACUGAAAGAAGCACGUACAUUGGCAGCUGAGUCAGAUAAAAAAUAUGACGAAGUAGCAAGGAAAUUACUGAUACAAGAAAAUGAACUUGAAAAAGCGGAAGAUCGCGCAAAACGAUCCGAAAUGAAAUGUGUAGAUUUAGAACAUGAAAUGAAAAAUCUACACCAUCAAUUGAAAUCUUUCUUAGCUCGAAUUGAUGAUGCUCAAAAUAAAGAACAAACCUAUGAAGAUCAAAUUCGUCGUCUCUCUCAACAUCUAAAAGAUGCCGAAACUCGCGCCGAAUAUUCUACCAAACAAGUGCAACGACUACAGCGUGAAGUGGAUCUACUCGAAGAGGAACUCCAAGGCGAACGAGAUCGUUCUAAAACUCUUCAAAAUGAAAUGGAGCGUUGUUUCUCGGAUUUACAAUUACUUUAA